CGAUCUCAAAUUCGCAUUUUAGCGCCCGUCACUUGCUACUGCCCAUCAUCCUGCACCCCCCCUUUGUCGCCUAUCAUGCCUGAAGCCAAAAGACGCAAGCUGAACCCUACAGAGGACGUCGUAGACGUCGACGCGGAUGCCUCAGGCGACGAGGACGACGCGUUUGAGUCGGAAGAGGCGGCUGGCAUCGCCAUCCUCACCCAACUCGGCGAGCACCUCAUCAGCGGCAUCCUCAAUGACGAGGGCAUGGAUACCAUCACGCAGGCAAUUGAGAUCGGCGCGCCCUUGUGGUAUCAGAACGAGGAAGAGGGAAUCUCGGCGCUGCAUGCCGCUGCGUACAUGCAGAACGAAGAGCUGGUGAAGUUGCUUUUGAAGAAGGGCGCGGUGUGGAAUGCUGUCGACAAGCGACAAAACACCGCGGGAGACAUCGCCCUCUCCUUUAAUAACGACAAAAUCUACACCCUCAUCCGAGAUGCAGGCAUCCGCGCAGAGAUGCUGCAGAGCCUCCUCGGCUCGGGCGCCCCCGAAACCUCCCCCUCGAACCUCGUCAUCCGGGGCGAGGACGACACGGGCGCGGCCUCGACGGAAGAGUUCCUGAAGUCGAAGCUGCGGUACACGAAGGACGAGCAUGGACAGGAGAUCUGCAUGCUGAAGAUCAAUGAGGACGAGGAGGUGGGCGUGAUGAUGGGCUGGGAGCGCGGGAUUAUGGAGGAAACGGUGAAGAGGACGACAGAGGGGACGAAGGGGCCGUUGAAGGUUCUGAAUGUUGGGUUUGGGUUGGGGAUUAUCGACGGCCUCUUCCAAUCCCUCGACCCGCCGCCCGAGCAGCACGUCAUCAUCGAGGCGCACCCGGACGUCCUCGCGCACAUGCGUGCGCACGGCUGGUACGAGAAGCCGGGCGUCAAGAUCCUCGAGGGCAAGUGGCAGGACGUGAUCGAGAGCGAGGACCUCCUCAACGUCGGCGGCUUCGACGUCGUCUACACCGAUACGUUCUCGGAGGAUUACGCGCAGUUGAAGAACUUCUUUCAGCAUCUGCCGGACUUACUGUCUGGACCGGAAUCGCGGUUCAGCUUCUUCAAUGGGCUCGGGGCGACGAACCCCUUAUUCUACGACGUGUAUACGCAUGUCGCAGAGCUGCAUCUUGCGGACGUGGGCCUUGAUGUUCAAUGGAGUGAUGUGGAGAUUACCAGCGAGGAUGACCAUUGGGGGCAGACGCGAGAGUACUUCUCGCUACCCUUGUAUCGUCUACCCGUAGCUUCCAUGAAGGACUUGUCGUGAGGG